UUGGCUUCAGCUAGCGGCUGGAAGCUAGAUAGUGCUGCCGGCCCGCAAGUGCAAGAAUGGAAGGUGCGUCUGAAACUGCUGAAGGACGAACUUGGAACAGGCAAACUACACAGGAGGUCACUGACCUCUUUAACGACAGAAUCAGGCGAAGCCUUGAUGAUUUGGCAGCUGUGACCGGGGAAGCUGAAGAUGUGCGGAGGGAAGAAGAUUUUGCCAGAGGCACAGCUUGCCUUACGUUUCAAGACGUUAGCUUCUCUUUGCGGUCGAAGUUGCGGCAGCAAGAACCGAAGAGAAGCAUAAGCUUUAGAACGAUCAGUGGCGAUGGAACAAAGCAGAUACUCGCUCCGAUCAGUGGACAUUACGAACCUGGGAAUUUGGUAGCCCUCAUGGGACCCUCAGGAUCGGGCAAAACAACAAUCCUGGACAUCCUUGCCGGGAAGAAGGCUCCAACAAAGGGCACAGUUCACGUCAAUGGCCGACCUCGUGACUAUCUUUGGAACCGCAUUGCCGCCUAUGUCCCGCAGGAUGACUCGAUGUUUGCGCACUUGACAGUGGAGGAGGUUAUGAGGUUCCACGCUGACUUGAAGAUGGCUAGGCCAUCUAGGGUCACCCCAGCUAUGGCCAGGAAGCAGAUGGAGAAAACCCUGCAAGUCUUUGGCCUUUCUGAAGUCAGGUCGUCGUUCGUUGGGGACCCUGCUCUGGGUGCACGCGGUAUCUCUGGCGGCCAGCGGCGCCGCCUAUCUGUUGCACGGACCAUCGCCUGUGGAGCACGAAUUAUGUUUUGCGACGAGCCAACUUCAGGGCUAUCCGCAACGGAUGCUGAGCAGCUCAUGCGCUACAUGCGAUUGCUGUCCCACAAAUAUUCUGUCCUCAUCAUUACUUCUAUCCACCAGCCACGUCGAGAGGUUGCAAGGCUCUUCGACGAGUUGAUCCUUCUCACCUCCAAUCCUGGCCGUGCAGUGUAUCAAGGGCCCUUGGACCGGUUGACGGGAUUCAUGGCAGAGGUGAUUGGCCACCCGAUUCCGGUUCAAGUGAAUCCGACUGACUUUUGCAUGGACCUCAUCACCCCUGGGACCAAGUCUGCACGUGAUCAGGAUUUCAUAAAGUAUUAUGAUGAGAAGCAGCAAGAAAUCAUCAAUGCACGAGUGGAAGAGGAGCUUUGGAAGGAACGCCAAACCACCAUAGAGAUUCUGCAAGCAGUACGUGAGCCCAUGCGUGUCUUCGGCGAGCUACCACCAUUGCGACACAGCAAGUAUGGAGUAAGCUUCUGGCAGCAGCUGAAGGUGGUGGCCUAUCGACAAAUUCGUUUGAGGCGCCGAGACAAGAUGCAUUUCCUUGGAGAUCUCAUAGGAGCAGUAGCGAAGGCUGUGAUUUUCAUCCUUGCUUUCUACGAGAUCGGAAAGAAAGAGGCUCCGUUGCAGAGCGGAUAUUUCUUUUUUGUGCUGAUGGCCUGUUCCAUUGACCAAGUGAAGACAAUGCCAAAAGUUAUUUCCGAGCGAACAAUCAUGAAAAUGGAGACUUCUGAGGCCUUGUACAGUGAGUGGGCCUACAUCAUUCCAUUUACCAUUAUGAGCUUGGCGCAGGCGAUCAUUACUCAUGCAGUGUUCAUGGCCUUGAUGUGGCCAUUUUUGUCAUACCCAGCGUCACUCUUCAAGUAUGUCUGGUUUUGGUCUCUGAUGGUGAACAUUGUCAUGGAUAGCCUCUACUUGAUGUUGUCUGGCAUCGCGAAGGAUGCGACUGCAGCACAGGUGAUGUCACUACCUUUCCUGAUAAUUUUCAUGCUGUACAAUGGCUUUACAGUUACAAGUGUCACUUGUCCAAAGUGGUUGCUUUGGGCCAUCAAGAUUUCGCCCGUAGCCUAUGCCAUGCAAGCCAUUACAGUUGCGGCCUCGGAAAUUUGUGUGCCAGAUGGUCCCAGCUGUGGUCAGGAUGGCUUGUUUCCUGCCAUAGUUGCGCACUUCGGCUACAAUUUGAGGCCCAGGGAAGUCCAGACCAGGGAAGCUUUGAUGGUCAUGUGCAUUAUUUCGCUUCUUUUCCGGGCUAUUCAUGUAGUGUCACUGAAGUUUCUGAACAACAUCAGACGAUGAGGGCCCUGCACCAUACCAGUGCUUGUAACGAAGCCCUCUUGGAACAAUCUACAUUCGGCCAGCUGCUGAACUGUGUUUCCAACAGUUGCUCAGAAAAAGGCUUGCCGUAAGCCGUAAGCCUUAAGCAACAAAAGACUUCAAGGGCAGCUGGCUGUGCAUAGAACCAGCACAAGGAUGCAGGCCAUGCAUGUUUUUCUCUACAGUUUCCCUCCUGGCGCCACUAUCCCUGCAGAAUGGCAGGGGUUUUGGGGGCAGGGAUGGGGACCAAUGCAUUGCGGGAGUAGCUGAAUUCACUGCUCUCUCACUUAUUUUGUUUUGACACCUGACACAGGUCGGUGAUUCACCUCAGUCGAAUUCGAAAGUCGAGCCGAGCCACGACAUCAAAAAGCUGCUUUGCAGUGGUUCCGCCUAGAUGAGUUCAUGAUGAUGGCAAAA